AUGACAUCCAACAAGGUGCCCGAGAAACAAGUCGAUGCGGAGACUGAAAACGCAAAACCAAAGCAUGUGGAACAGGUGGAUGAUAAGAGCCACGGUACGACUGAAGAUGUUGUUCGACUCGAGAGGCAAGACUCAAACACAACGGAGAAUCUCGACAAUCUCGUCUACGACAAUGAAGAAGAGGAACCUGAACUUCACAUGCGGACAUACCUUGCGCUUGCUUCCAUCUACCUACUUCUCGUUGGCCAAGGUCUUGCUUUUCAAGGACCGCCAUCCGUGCUGCCCUAUAUCGGUGCGGAUCUUGGAGACAACGUCCAGCAAGCUUGGAUUCCCAAUGCGCUCAUCCUGGUUCAGGCAGUGCUUGGGCCAGUCAUCUGUUCCGCGUCGGAUGUCUUUCAAGCUCGAAAACCCAUUCUAGUGGGCUCUUGUCUCUUGUCAUUGGUAGGAUCAGCCAUCGCGCCCGGAGCCACCAAUAUAAACAGAGUCAUUGGGGCACAGUGUCUGCUUGGCGUCGGACUAGCAGCUGUACCACUCAGCUAUGUGGUUCCUAGCGAGAUAUUGCCUCGAAAGUGGAGACCCAUGGCUCAAGCCUCCACAGGGAUCGUCGCAGCUCUUAUGGCCGUGGUAGGACCCCUGUCCAUCGGCGCAUUGAUCAAGAGAGACAGCCAUAAUGGCUGGCGACAGUACUACUGGAUCGAGUUUGCCUUUUGGGCGGCAGCUGCAAUCGGCAUACUUUUGGGCUACCGCCCUCCAAAGAGACAUACCCGCCUGGACCAUCUAUCACUCUGGCAGAAACUAGGUCACCUCGACAUCCCCGGGUGUUUCUUGCUCACUAUUGGCUUGACACUAUUCACCUUCGGUCUCAGUGUCGGUGGUGGUGUCUAUCCGUGGGCUAGUGCGCGCACAUUAGCAACCCUCGUUGUUGGGUUUGUUUUCCUUGUAUUUUUUGGAGUCUACGAAUGGAAAUGGACUACAACUGGAGUGCUCGACCAUGAAUUGUUCCGAGGAGGAAAGGACCGAGGCAGGACCUUCGCCAUAUGCAACGCACUGAUAUUCAUCGAAGGUGUUCUUGGCAUGGGAUUCAUUGUCUUCUACGGGGUUGUGUCGAACUUUCUGUUUACCCAAGACCCUUUCAUGACAGCUGUUCGUGUACUGGCAUUUAACGGCUUCUUUCUUUUGAGCUGCCCGUUCUGGGGUCUUGUCAGCACCAAACUCCGCAUAGUCCGAGAACCUCUGCUUGCGGGAUUCGUCUUCCUUACCGCCGGCACUCUCGGCAUGGCGACUUUACAACCGGGACAAAAUGCGAACCAACUUAUCUUCGGAGCGAUUGGAGGCUUCGGGUUUGGUUCUCUACUGAUUUUGAUAGUGACUGCUGUCCAAUUGUCAACGCCGCACAGUCACAUCGCAACGGCGACUGCAUUGACGAAUUCCAGUCGAUCAGUAGGAGGCCUUAUUCUCACUGCGGGUAUGAGCACGGCCUUGUCUAAUGGUCUCAUUUCGAAGGUCCCGAGUUAUGUCGCCAAGGCUGCAGUGACUGCUGGGCUUGCAAGCAGCUCAAUCGAAGCGUUUGUUGGGGCUCUUACCGGCAACGAUCCGAGCGCAUUAGCCAGAAUUCCUGGUAUAACUCCAGAGAUUACUGCCAAAGGUCUUGCGGCACUACAACAUGCCUAUGCAGACUCACUUCGUGUGAUCUACAUAAUGGCUGCUCCCUUUGGUGUGGUCGCCAUCAUAGCCUGUCUCUUCCUGGGCGAUAUGAAGAAGACAAUGACUUAUCGCGUGGAUGCCCCCAUGGAGGACCUGCAUGCUAGGCACCAUCAUGAUUAG